AUGGACAGCAUAGAUAGCAAUCCCCUCGCGGAUGACGAAGAAGUGCUUGCCUCUCUGACCCCGGUGGACGCAGCUCAGCCUCUGCAGCCUGCCAGUCGGCAGCCAGUCUCCGCAACACCCGCCACAACAACCGUCUUGACCUCGACGUCAGCGGAUGGGCACGUUCAGUACGAGGCAGCAACUACAGCGACCAACGAGCAGGGAUCGCUACGCCGUGAGAACUUCCUUGAGCACGCCAUGGCGAAGACGUCCGCGACACGGGCCGCUGAGGUACAGCUUGCAGCACCGGAGGCCGGCAAUGAAGAAGCAGUGGACGAGGCUGACGACGAGGACGACAGCAACAGUGGCGACGGCGACGAUGGCGCCUACGCAGCAGAGUACCGCAGCUUACUGUUUCGUGUGGCCGAAAUGGAGGCGCAGGAGCAACAGCGAGCUCGCCAAGGCGGCUUCGCGUUGCGCAUGGCACAGCGGGAGACAAAGCUGAUGACGGAGGUGGCAGCACAGCAGCAGGCCUAUCUGGCGUCACAGACAUGGAGCGCGUCGUGUCUGCAUGCUAGUGGUCGCGCUAAGGCCCCUGCUAACGCGAGCGCGGAGUCUGAGAAGCAGGUGACUAUCUCUUCCGCCGGCGCUUGGCCGAGUGCCGAAGACGUCACGGCCGAUGCGGCGACAGACGCUCGACUAGCAUGUUUGGCUCAUCGCAUGGAGCAUGCUCAGCUGCAGUAUCGCCGCUGCACCGAAGCGGCGGGGCUGCUGCGCUCCCACGCACGAUGGAUGCGUGCUGAGGCGGAGCGUCAGGAGAGAUGGACAGCGGAAACCGAGGAACUUUUGUGCCGCCUACACGAGGACGCAGGCCUCGCUGACGCGGUGUCGACCGCCGCUGCGGGGCAACGACAGGAGGGGCCCGACCGUGCGCGUCCUUUGGACGCUUCCCCACUCGUUGCGUCUCCUCUGAACGACACGUGGCAGAGGCAAACGAGCGGCCUGACCACCCUCGGUGGAACUCUGGCGAAGGUGCACACGCUCUUCCGUGAUCCAGAGUGCCGCACCAGCAUGUCCGUAGUUGCAACAGCGCUGACAGAGGUGGGUCGUCGGUGCCAGUGCUUACUGCAGGAACUGCAGGCUCUCACAGAAGCUGCACUGCAGACCGAGGCAGAUUUGCAGCAGCGUCGUGUGCACGCGCUGGAGUGGAGCCUCUUCGCGGCAAACGCGCAGCAAGCGCUCGAGUUGCGAGACUUGUACUCGCCUGUGACCCUAGCGGAGAUGCGGGCGAUGGGACUGCGGAAGAUCUUGCUGCGCCGCCGGCAAGAGCUACAAACCGCGUUGACACUGGUCGUCCUGCGUAACGCGGAGAAGGCCGUAACUGGCGCUGACCGUGCCGCCGCUGCGUCUUGUUCUGCUCUCGUGCCACAGUCGUCGUGCAUCUUCUCCUCACCGCCACACGAGGUGACACCGGAAAAAAUGAAAGCCGUCGCAGACACGUGCGCGCGGCACGAAGGGCUGCGGGACCGCUUGCUGCGCGAGCUUCUGUACCUAAAAAAGUGCGCGCGCCGCGUCCUCGGUGCAGCAUGGGUCUCGCAGACUGAGACCACCGCAAUCGCUUCGCUGGCAGCCACGGCAGAUACCAGAAGAGACUCGCGCAUGCUGGAGGCGGUACUGCUGGAUAAUCUCCGGCGGGCAAGUUAUAAUGGCCUGGCGCGCCUUAUCGCGUUUGUGGCAGCGACGCCGAAGCCACCGGACGAGCGAGACGACGCUGUCAAGGGCGACAUUAGUGACCCGCAUGAAGAUGUAGACGACGAAGGUAAAGUGCAGAAUGAAGGCGAUGGACUCGCGCCGUUACCGCGCUUUCACUCGUCCGCUCCGGCGGCUCCGCUGGCCACCCGUGUUCAGGUUCUCGCUACGCUGGAGGCGGUGCAGACGCGCGCCAACUCGCUUCUCUCUCUUCUCGCCGAAAACGCGAAGCAUUGGCAGAGAACGCAGGAUGUUGUGGCGGACGCGGAAGUGUGUGCCCAUUCCAGCGACGAUGCUUGGUGCCGCACUGCCGAGUUGCUCCUGCGCCGCUGCAUGGAUGCGGAUGCCGCGGAGCCCUUAUCGAGUGACACACACAGCGACGAUGCCGCCUUGCAAAACCCGCGCACCGCUCCUCUCUUGCUGCAGGAGCAGCAGCUGCUUGACAGCUUGCACACCUCCCAGGCAGCCAUUGUCGAGGCGAUAAACGCCGCACUUGCGCAGGUGCACCACAGCUGCACGGGGCCCCUCGAGCGCGAGAAGCGGGAUGUUGCUCUACUGAUCCGGCUUCUGCAGCUCUCUGACGAAGCGGGCGAGUCAGAACGCCAGCGCAGUGACGCGUGCAGGGCCGACAUACUCGUCACAAGCACCACCCCAGCACUGGAAAGAGCUAUGCAGCUGCUCACGUGCGCCGAGGAUGACGAGCGUAAAAGCGAUGCCGCGGGCAAAGAUCUACUUCUGUCGCAAGUGCGCGUCCCACAGUUGCCGCUGCGCGUGGAUGCGGUACAGGGUACCAUCAGCGCGCUCUCUGCCAAUUGGAAGGAUCGCCUUGUAGCCGAGACUGCGGAGACUCGGGCGAAAUUCACAGAGACGCAGGUGAGGCUGGAUCAGUACGCGCAGUACUCGAUGGCAGAGGUGCCGUCACUGCUAGAGAAGGCGCUCGCCGAGGCCAAGGCGCUGCAGGAGCGCGCGACCGAGUGCGCCGCGCGCAGCAGCAGUGCCGCUUCUCUUGCUGCCCGAAUCCAGCAGCAACGCAAGUUGCUGACCGACACCACGACAACGGAGCGGUACGCGCUGUCGGCGGCCAUGCAGGAGGCGCGGCUUGAGGUGGAGGCAUUGCAAGCGCAGGUGGCUCAGCUGCAGAAACAGACGAAUUUGUCUGCCACAGAGUCGCUUCACCGUUGCGAGCUAGGGGAAGCUGAAGCGGUUGCGUGGAAAUCCCUCCUACUGGAUGACCCCGGGCAGCAUCAGGCGGUGAACGCCGACGGUGCCGACGAUGGCGCCAUCAAGGAUGAGGGCAGCGUUGACAUAAAGCAAGAGGCCUCCAACUCUCCUCCCGAAGUGGCGACAGACGUGAAGGCGGGGGAGGAUGAGAGAGAUCGGGAAGUGGGCGGAGGCGCAGCAAAGUUCGAGGUCGCGUCAGCGAAGCGAGAUGACAAAGUCGAGGGGCUCGAGAUCACGAGGGAAGAGGAGACGGAAGAAGGCGCAGAUGCCGCCGAAGGUGGUGGCGAACAGGAGCAGCAGCUUGGCGAUGAGCCGGCGGAGGAGGUCGCCGCGGAUAGCGAGCCGGAAGAGCGCGACGGCGAUGCUCUCUCGUGUGCCGCGAAGCGGUCGAAUGAAGAAGGGGCAGAUGAGGAAGCUCAUCCGCUGCAAAUGCGCGAUGGCACCGGCGCCGAGGGCGAGGAUGUCCCCGAGGAAGAGCAGGGCGAUGCAAAACCGAGAAGGGACGAACGCACUACACAAGAUCGCGUAGAUGAGGCGCCGCAUUGCACUACUGCGGCAGGCACUAACGAGUUGGCAGAAGUGGUGCCGCAAGUAGAAGUGAAGGGCAAGAAGAAGAGCAGGAAACGUUCCUCGAAGAAGAGUGCGCAGCGUGAGGUGCAGCAGUGGCCGGGUCAGCACGCGCACCAGCAGCAGCAGCAGCAGCAGCCCAGUAUCCUUGGCGAGUCCAUCCUCGGAGACGCUGAGGCGGGGCAGCGACCGCCCGUUUUUGACAGUGCAGCCAGUAACCUUUUCUCGCAUUACCCGCCUCCGUCCGCAUUUCCGACCGAGCCGGCAAACCGACCGGUUUAUGACGACAACCCGUUCUACUCCGGCUUUGGUUUUGAGGAGGAGUAG